AUACUCAAGAUUUUGUCUCCGCCGCCGAGUGCCUAGUGCCUCCCGAUCUACGCCCCAAUCCCUAGAUGGCUACGGAGGCUACAACCGUACCCAAAUUCCAGGAACCUGAUCUCCGGCAGGUUUCUCAGACACCGGAUUUUAAACCGGAAAUCGCUCACGACGGCCUUAAGUUCUGGCAAUUCAUGAUUGCUGGUUCGAUUGCUGGCUCCGUCGAACACAUGGCGAUGUUUCCAGUCGAUACCAUCAAGACCCAUAUGCAAGCGCUUCGACCAUGUCCGUUAAAACCCGUCGGAAUCCGGCAAGCUUUCCGUUCGAUUAUCCAAAAGGAAGGACCUUCAGCUCUGUAUCGCGGGAUUUGGGCUAUGGGUCUCGGCGCUGGACCUGCUCACGCCGUUUACUUCUCCUUUUACGAGGUAUCGAAGAAGUAUUUAUCCGCCGGGAAUCAGAACAAUUCCGUCGCGCAUGCGGUCUCAGGUGUAUUCGCUACUAUAUCAAGCGAUGCUGUUUUUACUCCCAUGGAUAUGGUGAAGCAGAGGUUGCAGAUGGGUGAAGGGACUUAUAAAGGGGUUUGGGAUUGUGUUAAGAGGGUUUUGCGUGAGGAAGGGAUUGGUGCGUUCUAUGCUUCUUAUAGGACGACGGUUCUGAUGAACGCGCCUUUUACGGCUGUUCACUUUGCGACAUAUGAAGCGGCUAAGAAGGGAUUGAUGGAGUUUUCGCCGGAAAGAGUUAGUGAUGAUGAAGGUUGGUUGGUUCAUGCCACUGCUGGAGCUGCUGCUGGUGGAUUGGCAGCUGCUGUGACGACGCCGCUUGAUGUUGUCAAGACGCAGUUGCAAUGUCAGGGUGUGUGUGGAUGCGACCGCUUCACUAGUGGUUCGAUUAGCCAUGUACUGAGAACGAUAGUGAAAAAAGACGGAUACAGAGGACUUCUAAGGGGAUGGCUCCCGAGAAUGCUCUUCCAUGCUCCUGCGGCAGCAAUAUGUUGGUUCAGUUGCAGUCCUGUUUGCACCAUGAAUCAACGUAUGCUGGAUCGUUCGUAUACACAAAGACAUGUCGGAAUCCGGCAGGCUUUGCGUUCAGUAAUCCAAACGGAAGGACCAUCGGCUCUGUACCGUGGGAUAUGGUCUAUGAGGGACGGAGCCAUGGGGCCCACUCACUUCGUUUAUUUCUCCUUCUACGAGGCAUCCAAGAAGUUCUUGUCCACUGGGAAUUCAAACAACUAUGUGGUCCACGCGAUUUCCAGCGCCUUCGCGGCUGUAUGGAGUUAUGCCGUUUCAACUCCCGUGGUCCACGGCCUGAUAAAGAUCAAACAGAUGAGACAGCGAAUCGCUAUAACAACUAACAAUUCAACCUCCGACAUAACGCGUUCCCAUCUCAAACUGUCGCAGAAGCAGCUGCUUCCCUCUCGUCUCCAGGCGAUCGAAGCUCCUAUGGAAGAGAACAACAACGCCGGUAGCGAUUCAGACUCUAACUCCGUCGAAGAUUCACAAGACUAUUACGAACCGAUCUCAGCCGUCGAUCUAGAUAACGCCGAUGACAAUGAAGAUGACAGUUAUCUUUCCAUCGGUGGAGAUGGUCUCUCUAACGGCCAUUGUAUGAUUCCAGAAGCAGAGGAAGGAAUCUCUUCUAUUAGUAUAAACGAAAACGGAGAGAGCGAAGAAGAAACAGAGACGGAGACUGAACCGGAGAUCCGUCGAGCAUUUGAAGAGGACGAACGGCGUCGAAGAUCGCCGUUAGUGGCGGAGAAUGCCGUUAGGGUUAUGGAGGCAAUGCGAGCCAUCUCGUUCCCUGGUACGGCUCCUGAUUGGGCCUCCGAUGUUAAUGAAGAUCGUUGGAUUGAUCAGCUUCGAAGAUUGAGAUCCACUUCUCAAUAAACUUAACACUACUUUCUCCAAAUCUCUCGAUACUUUGUUUCCGUUCAACAUCUUUCUCAAUGUUGUUCAUCAAUGUGACUUCAAUUCAAAAACCAGAGAAUUUCAUCAUUCUUUAAGUAACACUAACCAGUGUUUUGCUAUACAAAACCCUUUACUUGAUGAAUAUAGUAUGAUGUUUCUG